AUGGGUGGCGCAAUUGAAGCAUUGCAUAUUUUUGAUGAACAUCAUCGAGCAAUACUAACGCAUGUGUACACCUCGAGGCCACUCAGCGCAAAUCAACUUUUACCAUUCUACACAGCUUAUGCGCAACCUCGGCCAAAUCUAAUUUACCUAUCGACAGUCUCUCCACCUACCCUUCUCUUCAGUAUAGUUCACGCAAAUUUAAUAUUUUUUCUUACAUCCUCAAGCGACCUUGAGCCUCUGCUCGCCAUCGAAUUCCUACAUCGUGUUACAGACGUUUUGGAAGAGUUUGUUGGUUCACCACUCUUGGCCCCGAAAAUUGAAAGUAGUUACGAUGUCGUUGCGCAACUUCUCAACGAGAUGUGUGACUGCGGUAUAAUAAGCACAUCUGAACCCAAUGCUUUGAGAGAUCUAGUAGAAGUUGAGGGAUGGAUGGGUAAGCUUCUAGGGAAUAUAAAUAUACCUACUGGACUCUCAGCAUCUUCAAAUUCAGCAGCCAGUACCACACCAUUAUCCCGAUCUUUACCAUCGAAUACAACAGCUUUACCCUGGCGGAGAACAAAUGUGCGUCAUACGUCAAAUGAGCUGUAUGUCGAUAUUAUUGAAACCCUUACAGUAACCAUAGCUCCCUCAGGCCGACCGAUUGCAGCAUUCAGCAAUGGUACUAUUGCAUUUACAUCUAAGAUUUCUGGCGUUCCUGACCUCUUGCUCAAUUUAUCCACAUUAUCAGGGAAGCAGGGUAUUAGCAGUGUGAUGGAGCUUCCUGUCUUUCAUCCAUGUGUACGCUUGGCAAGGUGGAAAGAGAAUCCAGGGGAGAUCAGCUUUAUUCCACCAGACGGAAAAUUUGUGCUAGCUGGAUAUGGCGUUGAUCUAAUGCCUACAGAGAGUCACACUUUGGGAACAGCUAAUUCUUCAAGCUUAAAGCUUCCAAUAAAUAUCGAUGUGAAGACUGGACUUGGUCCUACCUGUUCUGAGUUUGAAGUUCGGUUGAUAAUCAACAGCCUUCCAGGAACUGGAACUUCGUCCGGCUCUGGUCCUAGUCUAAGGGGCGGGCUUACAGGAAACCGGGCCCAGAGUGGGUUUACAGGUAGUAUCAGCAAAUCGAAUACGCCGCUCCUGGAAGAUCUAGCUAUAACAAUUCCUCUGCCGCGAAACGUGAGAAAUAUAUCAGAAAUCCGGACAACUAUAGGCGAGACGACAUACAGCCCUGGUGGCUUAACCCUGGAGUGGCAUAUUUCGGCGAAAGAAAUAAUUCCUGGGAGUGCUACUAUGCGUUGCACUGUUUCAGGUCCCCACACCAACGAUGAAGAAAAAAUAGAAGGCAAAGGCUUUCACCUAGACCCCUCAAAUUACCAGGAAGAGUCAUAUCAAACUUCUUCCAUAGAUACUACUAAGGAUAAGGGGGUAAGCGAGCAAUGUACUAGCUGGAGAAAAUCCCUGAAUAAAAGUCUUAUGCCUAGUUCUGCAACAGUGAGUUUCUCCGUCAAAGGCUGGCUGGCUUCGGGCAUCAAGGUUGAAAGCCUCAACAUUGAUACCAGAAAAAGUCGCGGUCUUAGUGACGGUGUUAAGCCUUACAAAGGCGUUAAAUAUUUGACAGUUAGCACUGAUGGAUAUGAGAUCAGGUGCUAG